AAUCAAAUAAAAAAAAUUACACAGAUAACACAUUACUGUAUCUCAUGCAUGAAGCAGCUCAAACUAUUAGAAAACGACUUUGUAGCUUUUUAAGAUUUUAGGUAGACUGAACUCAGAUAUUUAAGUUAUAUUAAAUAUUUAAGAAGCGUGACGUAAAUUCCUGAACACACAGAAGACUAUCCACAGAGGGCAUAGCAACAGCAACGAUAUCAGUGAAAUACUGCGUCAGAUGACGAUUUACUCGGCACAGCAGACGUUAGUGAUGACGCCGGUUGGCAGCUCGACACUUCACGAAAGGAAGAGUGAGUGGUGGCGAGGUCUUCAGGAAUUGACGUCAUCAGGUAGCAGCUGGCAGCAUGGCACGUCACUGGUUGCUAAGGUGACUGUCUGGGGCCAAGUCCGCUCUGCAUAAUAUGUGGCCCAUGAACUGCGAAGGAGUGAUAAACCGAAUGAUUCGAGCAUGUCUGUGCAACAGGAGGAUCAGCUUGUAGAGAUCGCAAAUGACGGUGACCUUAAAUGUACAUUUGAGACAACAACUCUACCGAGGUUCUGGAUUGAUGUCAUUCCGGAAUAUCCUGACAUCGCUACGAGAGCACUGAAAACCUUGCUACAGUUUCCAACAUCGUAUUUUUGUGAAGCGGGCUUCUCUGCAAUUACGGCAACUAAGACAAUGUUACGGAGCAGACUGGACAUAAAGAACACUGUCUCACUGUCUCCCAUCACACCUAGAUGGGACCAUCUCGUCUCAAUGAAACAAGCUCAGGCCUCCCACUGAUUCAGCGGGAGCCCAUAAAGGAGUGAGGGGAAAAUGGAGAGUGAGUGCCGAAGGAAGUGGAAGGCGAGGUUUGCCCUCAGGCGAGACAUCUUGAAGGAGUUCCUGGCGGAGUUUCUGGGGAUAUUUGUCCUGAUAUUCUUUGGUUGCGGUUCAGUGGCCCAGGCUGUCCUAAGCAAGGGGACCCUGGGGGAGCCCCUGACCAUCCACCUUGGCUUCACUCUGGGACUUAUGAUGGCUGCCUACAUUGCAGGAGGGGUUUCAGGAGCCCACGUGAAUCCUGCAGUCACCUUGGCAAUGGUGAUGCUGGGCAAGACAUCCUGGAAGAAAUUUCCCGUGUAUGUGGCCGCGCAGUUUUUGGGGGCUUUUGCUGGGGCCUGCUGUGUCUAUAUGGUGAAUUAUGACGCUUUAAUGGAAUUUAGCAACGGAGAAUUUAUCGUUACCGGCGAAAAUGCCACAGCUGGCAUAUUUGCCUCUUAUCCAGCAAAGCACCUCUCCACGCUCAAUGGAUUUCUCGACCAGGUGGCAGGAAGUGCUGCGUUGAUCCUGUGCAUCCUGGCCAUAACUGACUCGCAGAAUAUUGGCGCCCCAAAAGGCAUGGAGCCUUUGUGCAUCGGCGUGAUCAUCCUCGCUAUUGGCGUGUCCAUGGGGUUGAACUGUGGCUAUCCCAUCAAUCCUGCGCGAGACCUCAGCCCGCGACUCUUCACUGCCGUUGCUGGAUGGGGAGGGGAUGUCUUCAGAGCCGGAGGGUGCUGGUGGUGGAUCCCUGUUUUUGGACCCAUGGUUGGCGGUGCAGUGGGCGCUGCCAUUUACUUUCUCUUUAUCGAGCUGCACCAUGCCGAACCCAAACAGCAGGAAGAAAACAAUGGCCAGCAAAAGUAUGAAAUUGUAACUCUGACUUAGAAUACUGUGCUGCACAAUAACGAAAAUAAGGAUGUUAAACUACAACAGAUAAUAUUGCUAAAAGCAACAGCAGACCUGCCUCACAAUCUGUUCCCUGCUUAACUUUAUUUCGUGUAUGUUUUAAAAGCUGUUUCAGGAAAUAGAAUGACUUUUAUUUAUUUAUUUAUUUUUUGAAACUCCGCCUUAAAUGAUUAAAUGCAUGUCAUUUAAUUUGUACUCUCAAGCUAAGGAGUCAAACUUGCACCAAAAUGUUGUGAUAUAUUGUUGCUGUGUUAUUAAAAAGCUUGUAACACUUGUUUACAUGUAGAAAAUGGUAGUGUCACGAAUCAAUAUUAACUCAUUCAGUGCCAUGGAAGCCAAUCGACGUCCAAGAGGGAGAAUCGGAAAGACUAGGGUAUAACAGGGAAGGGUGAGUGAGAAAUUUAAACUCAUUGGCUGCCAUGCCUCCUUGUCAAAAUGGAUUGGACAUUGGUCGCCAUCCAUGGCAGCAAAUGAGUUUAACACAUGUAUAUGGAUUGUGAUGCAUUCCCAAAGUGAUUUAUUCCUACUUUAUGAAGCAGGUUGGCAUGUAUCUAAUAUGUAUGGUCAUUUUGUGUGUUCAAUCAUUCAUUCGCAGGUACGGAAGCAUGAUCAAAAAUAUAUAUAGACCAAUUUAGCGUUAAUACUCAUGGAGGCUAAUAAUAAAGAAAGAAAAUAAUCUAUUAUGGAUUGGAACAAUACAAGUGAUGUGGAGCAAUGGUGGAAGGGCAGCGUUAUUUAUAACUAUAUGCACUUAAUGGACAUUUUAAUAAAGAAUCAAGUUUCAAAUCCAUUAUGUAAUGAUUGUCACACUAGAUACACUGUCAUAUAAUAUUAAUAAAAUAAAUAUUAUGUCGAUAAUGUCAUAAUGUCCUAAUCGAGUUAAUUGAUGUUGAGUGAUUUUCAAGCUAUGAGAUUUUUUUUUUAAAGAAAAGUCACUCUUCUUUGGCACCAUUAGUAACCAUUCAAUCAAUAUUAAGUGCAACAGCUUCAACCACUCACCAAUUAGCUUUUCCAUAAUUUUUUUUCCUAAACAAAAAAGGGUAAUUUUUCAACCCCUUAAUGCCUGAAUUUACAUUUAAAUAUAUACAUAAUGCAUUGGAGGAAUAAAAGAGUACAUAUAAUUAGUAUUAGUAAAAAUUGCUAAAUAUAUAAUAUUAAAUUUAAAAAAUGCAGCUACAAGUGAAUUAAUAAAUCCAAAAAUAACAAUAUUAAAAUAAUAAAAUAAUAAAUAAAAAGCUAUAUCCUAUAGCUAAUUUGAGGAAAAAAUUCUUCAAAUCGAUUUUAAAAAAUUACCAACGCUACUUUCAAUAUUUGACAUACGUCACUGUCUCUUACCUUCUGAAGCUACAUGUACAACAUGCAGAUGGCGACCAUAAAGCGACAAAAAUAAUAAUAGCAUCUCAAAAAUCUGCUUUAUUCUUAAUAUCUUUUUUUUAAGAGAAAAUAACUUUAUUCUUUAAUAAUAUUUCCUUUGUCAAAUCUAAUAUGCAGUAAACAUCUUAACUAAAGUUGUCCGAUAAUGACUGUUUAACCGAUAUCCCGAUAUUGUCCAACUCAAAAUAUCCGAUACCGAUAUCAAACUGAUACUGAUAAAUGGAGUCGUGGACUUAACAUACUAUGGCUUAUUGUAUUGUGAUGGCCCACUGGAUGUUUUAAUAAUGAUUAAUGUAACAACUUCAAGGUUUACCAAAUAUACAUUCUGUGAAAAAUGAGAGAACAACUUCUACUGACGUUAUGGGAAAAGUGCCUAUAUUGCACCACUGUACUUACUGUUCAGAUCAAAAUCGUGCAAACAUCCUUUUUUUUGUUUUGUUUUGUUUUGAAACCAAAUGCAAGUGCAAAGUGCCAAUAAGGGACUGCCAUAUCAUGUAUGGCUCACACAGUGCUCCUGGCUCAAAAUAACAACAAAAGCACACAGCUUCAGUACAGUGAAAGAGGUCAAAGGUUGUCAUAUGAAAACCAACUGGCAAUAACUUUUCAAAUAAAAUAAGUACAAUAACUUUAUUGUAAACUCAAUAUCAAUCUGCCCUGAUCUUCAGAAGCAGGACUCUUAGUAUGGAGACACUAAUGGUCAAUAACUGCUGUGCUAAGCUGUGACCAGCCCUUGUACAAAGGCAGAAGGCUUCUACAUUCACUUUGAAAGCAACAUGCAUAUUAGCCCAAACCAACAAUGAAAAACCGAUAUCAUCCGAUAUCAUUCUGAAAUGCUUUUAUCGGCUACCUGUAGCGGAUGAAGUUAGUGCGUCUCGUAGCUUGUGAGUUGAGUUUGUUGUUGUUCGUUGCCGUGUUCGGCCGCUCGUGUCUCUUAUAACUCUCUUGUGUCUCUGCCAGAAACGCAUGCGACAAAGAGUUCCCACGAGAACACAACAUACCCCACAUUAGUUCCACUUUUGAAAUAUGAACAUAUAAUGAAGGGUCACCACAUUCCCGAUAAUAUUGGCCUACUCUAAUCUUAACCCAGUAUGUGUUUCUUUAAGAUUUGCCCAUGUAUUGCGUGACAAAUUACAUUACACAGGUGAAUUAAUCAAUGCAUUAAACAGUUAGUGGCUCUGAGAAGUAACCCUGAGGAACUCCCUUGAGUAGGAAGUAGGACUAUAUUAACAGAUGAUUUGUAAUGAGUCACAAAAGCCUUGACUGACUUUGGCGCCAAUGUGUUAACAAACAAGUGUACUGAUAGUUUAAUGUUCAUAAGGCUUAUACAUUGGGGAAAACAAGUAUUUGACACACUGCCAAUGGGAAAACCCAUAUGCAGUGUAUCAAAUACUUGUUCUCCCCGCUGUAUACUACUAUUGACCAGA